AUUCUGGGAAAAUAUCUACACGGGCAAAUUCGUGAUAAAUAAGCAAUGCUGUACAAAAUUUGAACAUUAUUUCUUGGUUAUUUCUGUUGAUCUAACGUGUCGUUGGAACUGAUCAAUAAAACAUUAAGAAACGACCUGCAUGCUGGAAUAAACCGCGAGGCAAUCUGGGAAUCACGAAAGAUACCUAUCUGCUUACGUUUUUAUCAGGUUUUCCAGGCUUGUGGACACCCUGUCUUGGAUUAAAGCGAAAGAAUUACGAUUUUAUCAAGAAUGCCUCCUCUUUGAUGGCCCAUAUCUCCCCUCCGGAGGCAUCUCCGGACCCAAAAAUUUUCUGGAUGACUUUCAACUCGACAUGAAGGUCUUUGCAAAAUUAGCUCACAACCCACAGACCUUUUUUUUCGCAAUUCACGUUAAUAAGCAGUUUGAAAAACUAGAAAAAUUCACAAAAACACUAGGAAAAAUUUUUAAAAACAUUUUCCCACAAAACUAUAGGGUAGGGGCUUCAGAGCACAAACCUCUUCUGAAUAAAUACACCAAAAUGACCACACAGAAUAAUCGGAAUUGCUCGAGAGCAUUCUCCACUACCGACAUCGCUAACCAAGCUGUAAAAAAUGUUUUCGAACUUUUAUCCGAAGGAGAGACCAAGUUAUGUAAUCAACGCGCAGUGAAGGACAUUGUCCUGGUAUUAGGUAACACAGGUGCGGGUAAAUCUGUAUUUACUCGAACAAUAGCUGGGUAUGAUACAACUCUAAAGUCGAUUGCAGAAAAUUUAUACUUCACGAUCGAGAAUCCUUACGACGAGAACGGUGGUAAGUCCUUCGUAACAUCAAGUACGAUAUUUCCAGAUCAAGUACAAGACAACAACACAGGCAUCGUGUAUUACGACUUCCCAGGCUUCCAGGAUACUAGAGGAAUGGCUCAUGAUAUAACUACGACAUAUUUCAUCAAAAAAAUCGUCGAUAGCGCUGAACGAGUCAAAUUGUUGCUUUUGGUUAAUUAUACUUCAUUCACUAACGCAGGAACAAGAGAUGACUUUACAACUCUACUAUCGCAUAUUAUAAAAUUUGUUGGAAACGUUGAAAAAUACCAAGGCGGAUUGGCACUUAUUGCGACUAAAGUUCUACUUCCUUCACAAUCAGACGAUGAGAUCAUUUCGUUCGUAGCCAAAUUCAUUGAAACGGUAAAACAAAACUUGGAACAACAAGUAGACAACCCUAAGGCGUUAAAUAUGAUAAAACUUCUGAACAUCUUAUUGAAACAAGAUGGCAAUAUGUAUUCUAAAAUUGCAAUUUUCAGAUCACCAGAUCAGGCGGGAUACUUAAGUCAUAUUCCAAAACUACAGGAAAAUAUUGCGUAUCUUAAAACCAAGCUGGCAAAUCUGAAAUUUGUAGAAAAAACAAAUGAGGAUUUUGGUUAUACUAUACCCAAACAAUCACUGAUCGAUGUUGAUAAGAUAAUUAAAGAAAUCGCUCGCAGUUUUACGACAACUGUCCAAGAUAUGGGUAAAGAAAUACAACGAUAUCUGUCUGCUGAACAAGAUCAAUUUAAAGAUGUCUCCAAACUAUACAAUCUUACAAGUGUCAGAUACGAUGAACUAAAGAAGAUCAAAGAGAGAGCAAAUAAUCAAGAGGAAUUUGAAACAUGUACACUGGAAAUAGUCAACGGAGCUGCUUCAAUGAAUAUAAAUUUAUCAAUACACCAAGAUAUGUUGAAGAAGUUGGUCAGUUAUUCAUCAUUCUUGCACGAAGUGAGCGAUCACGAAGUACAAAAUCAAUUCAAAUGCGCAGAUGGUAUGCAAGAUGUCGUCGAGCAUUCGAAUUGGUCGAAAAAAUGGUACCUUUUUUUGAAUAAAUUAUACGAAAGAUUAUCGGAUUACGAAAUACAAAAAAAUACUCGACAAAAUCCAUGCACCGCGUUGGCUGAAAACGUAGUUAAAGCGAUUGAAACUGAAAAAAAUUCGCAAUACAAUCUCGAUCCGCUAAGUUUAAAAAAAUGUUAUCCGGAUUACGAAUCUAUGUUUGAAAACAGCCGAAAUGUGACAGUUGAUAAAUCGAAACUCAUUUAUUUAAAAACCGUGUUGAAUUUAGGAUUGCAGAACAUUUUAUCUUACUCUUGCGAUUCGAACAAACUGGUGAUAAAGGGGACGUAUGUUAAACUCGGAGAUGUGCCAGAUAUUCAAAACAGAGAAUGCAAAGUACGACCAAAAUUCAUAGAGAUUUUUGCCUCGAAUAAGGUAUUCAUCGACUCAGAUUUAGAUAAGACAGGAGAAGAAGUGCAACUUUCUGUUGUAGCUCCCGCGUGGUAUAUUCAAGGUUCGCAUACAAUUAAACUAGAUGGUAAGCCUGGAGAGGCUCACUAUCCAGCAAAAGCAUACGAUGGAGUAAAUCGGGGAGACAGUGGCAAAGAUGGUUUGCCCGGAUUACCUGGAGGACCCGCAGGGAAUUUUAUAGGAAUAGGUGAAACUUUCAAAAAUCUGCAAGAGCUCACUGUUUCUGUCAGGGGUGGCGAUGGUGGACCAGGACAAAAUGGUGGUAAUGGUAAAUAUGGACAAGAUGGUAAUAAUGCGUACAAUGAUGUUCAUUUAAAGAAGGAUACUUUAGACGAAAUCGUCGAUAUGGCUUGGAUAAACUCAGUAGGUACCGCAGUAUCUGGUAAUUACACGAUUCUGAAGGCUAGUAGUAGUAUUUCAGGUCAUGAUGUAAUUCUUGCUGGUCAGCCAGGAGGAGAAGGAGGAUCUGGUGGCCAUGGCGGAAUGGGAGGUCUUGGUGGAAAUUCGGGCGAAAUUAUUUUCAGCUCUUUGUCAUCGUCAGAUACAAACCGUAUUAAUAAGGUUACAGGAGUGGGAAAUAAAGGUUCAGAUGGUACAGGUGGUAAAGGGGCUGAUGGAGGAAAACAUGGGAACAAUAUGAAAGUAUUCAUGCCGGCAUUACUCAGCGUUGUGAGAUCGACUGAAACAACAGUAAUCUAUAUCACGGAACAUGCAGCAGACGGUGGUGAUGGUAUCGAUGGUUAUAACGACUUCCACAGAGAACAUCCGGAACAAAGUGAAAAAAUAUUGAAUCCAGGGGUCGUAAUAAACGCAUACAAAAAUUACAUCAGGGAAACCACGAAUAAAAGCGUGAGCGAAUUCUACUCAUCAGAAUUUCUUCGAAAGCUUGAAACCAUUCAGAAUAUGUUACAUCGACGCAGAAGACGUCGUUAUGCUGAUUCUACAAAUGAAACAUUCAAUGUUGAUCAUCAUGAAGAAAGCGAUAUCAAAAAUUUAAGCUUGUCGAGCAACAUCACACCUGAGAAUAAAACUGAAAAUAGCCUCCUUUCAAAAGAUCCAGACAUGAAUAAAACCAGCUCAGUCGCGAAUGAUUCUAAUUUUGCAAAAAGCACCGGUGUCAGAAUCAAUUCACCUAUCAACUUCGCUAUCAAUUUUUUUAGUAAUUUCUUCAGUCAACUGGAAAUCUUCACACCUACUAACUUAAUGACUUUGGGGUUGGUUAAAGGUGGAAUCGAAUACAUGUUCAGAGAAUCAACCUCUUCAGAUUACAGUACAGCUGAAAGUACGAGUAAUACCAAUCAUCCGUUAGCACCAGGAAAUUUCAACAUCAAUGAAUCACUGACGUUGGCUGAUUUUGCCAUUCGAUGUAUCACAAAACAGAAAUUUUACAAUAGCGGAGCGACAGCGAUUGGUUUUUCUGAAAUAAAAGCCUUUGUUCUAAGUAUUGUUACAGAAUUUGAAGAAAUACUCAGCGAUAUGUCGGUAAAAUAUAAUUUACCUCCAGGAUCUUUGGAAUUCGAUCCUGUGACAUUGAUGUCUGAACUUGAAAAAGAAAUGAUCAAUCAAAAUUAUGAAAAAGUGGUACCAGUAUUAUACCGAUCUAUUGAGGGUAACCCUCAUUUGGAUGGUUCUCAAUUUCGUACUCACAUACUGCGCGAUCUUGACAAAGCAAUGGAAAUGCAAAAAAAUAAUAUAAUUUCAAGUAAUACCGUUCAAUAAAAUGAAACCACAUCAGGAGUAAAAUGACUUCAUUUUUAAACUAGAAAAAUAUUUUUUUCAAGAGUUUGGAAAUUUAAUUUAGCCUACACGAGUUUAUUCACUAUUUACGCACGUUCAAAUCUACA